UAUUCGCUUUUAUGCGCAAUGACCAGUUUAAAUAACGUUAUAUAUAUAACCUUAUCCGUUGUUUGAAACUUAAUGAUUUUUAUAUUAAUAAAUAAAUGAUAUUUGUUGUGUGCAAAAUUGUUAUUUAUUUAAUAACAAAUAUAGAAAUAUGAAAAUCAGCGUUGACGGCUUGCUUGUAUAUUUUCCUUACGACUACAUUUAUCCAGAACAAUAUGCAUACAUGCUCGAGCUCAAACGUAGCCUGGAUGCUAAAGGGCACUGUUUAUUGGAAAUGCCAUCGGGCACUGGCAAAACUAUAACUUUGUUAUCAUUAAUUGUAGCAUAUAUGUUGGAAAAUCCAUUGGAUGUGACAAAAUUAAUUUAUUGUUCCCGUACUGUACCAGAAAUAGAGAAAGUCAUAGAAGAAUUAAAAAAGCUUAUGGAUUAUUAUGAAAAAGAAACAGAAAGUAAACCUAAAAUUGUUGGCUUAGUUCUUAGUUCACGAAAAAAUAUGUGUAUUCAUCCAGAGGUAAGCAGAGAACGUGAAGGCAAAAUUGUUGAUGGUCGUUGUCAUUCUCUCACAGCAUCAUAUGUUCGUGAGAGACAUAACUAUGAUGAAUCAACACCAAUUUGUAAUUUUUAUGAAGGAUUUGAUAUGGAAGGCAAAGAACAAUUUAUGCCACCAGGCAUAUAUUCUAUUGAUGAUUUGAAAGAAUAUGGAAGAGACCGCAAUUGGUGUCCAUAUUUUCUUACACGGUUUACAAUUUUACAUGCCCAGAUUGUAGUGUACAGUUAUCAUUAUUUAUUAGAUCCCAAAAUUGCAGAAACUGUGUCAAAAGAAUUAAGCAAAAGUUCUGUAGUAGUAUUUGAUGAAGCCCACAAUAUAGAUAAUGUAUGCAUUGAUUCAAUGAGUGUAAAAAUUAAUAGAAGAACUUUAGAAAAAAGUUCAGCUAAUAUACAACUUCUUGAAAAAACCGUGGCUGAGAUGAGAGAGGAUGAUGUAAAUAAAUUAAAAGAAGAAUAUGAGAGAUUAGUAGAAGGAUUAAAAGAUGCACAUGUUGCAAGAGAAACAGAUAUUAUCUUAGCUAAUCCUGUCUUACCAGAUGAAAUUUUGCAAGAGGUGGUCCCUGGUAAUAUUAGGAAUGCAGAACAUUUUGUCGGUUUUUUAAGACGAUUCGUAGAAUAUUUAAAAACGCGUCUACGUGUGCAACACGUAGUUCAAGAAUCACCUGCUGCGUUUCUAAGAGAUGUUCAAACAAAAGUUUCAAUAGAACGUAAACCAUUAAGGUUUUGUGCAGAACGACUAGCUUCUCUUUUACGUACUAUGGAAAUAACCGAUUUAACUGAUUUUUCACCAGUUAUAUUAGUGACACAUCUGGCAACAUUAGUAUCUACAUAUACAAAAGGAUUUACAAUUAUUGUAGAGCCAUUUGAUGACAAAACACCUAAUGUUUUAAAUCCAAUUCUUCAUUUCGUUUGCUUAGAUUCGUCCAUUGCAAUAAAACCUAUAUUUGAUAGAUUUCAGUCAGUAGUAAUUACUUCAGGAACAUUGUCUCCAUUAGACAUGUAUCCUAAAAUUUUAAAUUUUCAUCCAGUCAUAAUGUCAUCUUUUACUAUGACAUUAGCCAGACCUUGUCUCUUACCGAUGAUUGUAGCGAAAGGUAACGACCAAGUUGCAAUUUCGUCAAAGUAUGAAACAAGAGAAGAUGUUGCUGUUAUAAGAAAUUAUGGUCAACUAUUAGUUGAAUUCGCAGCUACUGUUCCCGAUGGUUUAGUUUGCUUUUUUACUUCCUACUUAUACAUGGAAUCUGUCGUUGCUGCAUGGUAUGACCAAGGUGUGGUAGAUCAACUUCAAAGACACAAAUUACUAUUUAUUGAAACUCAGGAUUCUGCAGAAACGAGUUUAGCUCUUAUAAAUUACAUACGAGCAUGUGAAAAUGGAAGAGGUGCUGUUCUCCUUUCUGUGGCACGUGGUAAAGUAUCAGAAGGAGUUGAUUUUGAUCAUCAUUUGGGAAGAGCUGUUUUGAUGUUUGGAAUUCCUUAUGUGUAUACACAAUCGCGUAUUUUAAAAGCACGACUAGAAUAUCUUCGUGAUCAAUUUCAAAUCAGAGAAAAUGAUUUUUUAACUUUUGAUGCAAUGAGACACGCAGCACAAUGCGUUGGAAGAGCAAUUAGAGGAAAAACUGAUUACGGUAUAAUGGUAUUUGCAGACAAGAGGUUUUCGAGAAUGGAUAAACGAAGUAAGUUACCAAAAUGGAUACAAGAACAUUUAACUGAUAGUUUAUGUAAUUUAUCAACCGAGGAAGCUGUGCAGAUAAGUAAACGUUGGUUACGACAAAUGGCUCAACCAUUUACACGUGAAAAUCAGUUGGGAUUAUCCCUAUUGACACGAGAACAACUUGAAAAAGAAGAAUAUGGCAAAAUUGGACAGAAGGCGCAACAAAAUUAGAAAUUUAAUAUGACAUUUAUAAGAAAGUUUGUGCCAUUUUUAACAAAUAUGAUAACGUAUAGUGUAUAAAAACAUACUGCAACUUGUGUUUUGUAUAGUAUUUAUAUUAUAGUACAUAUAAAAUGUAUUAAUUUUUGCAAUGAAAAAUAUUUUUUCCAA